CCACAGGCGGCGGCAGCGGGACUAUGGAGGCGGCGGCCGCUGCUCCGCGUCCCCGGCGGCUGCUCCUCUUCGUGUUGGCGGCGGCAGCGACGCUGCUCCCGGGGGCCACGGCAUUACAGUGUUUCUGCCACCUCUGUACAAAAGACAAUUUCACAUGUGUGACAGAUGGACUCUGCUUUGUCUCUGUCACGGAGACCACAGACAAAGUUAUACACAAUAGCAUGUGUAUAGCUGAAAUUGACCUAAUUCCUCGAGACAGGCCGUUUGUAUGUGCACCCUCUUCAAAGACUGGGUCUGUUACUACGACAUACUGCUGCAAUCAGGACCAUUGCAAUAGAAUCGAACUCCCAACUGCUGGCCCUUUUUCAGUAAAGCAGUCACCUGGCCUUGGUCCUGUCGAACUAGCAGCUGUCAUUGCUGGACCAGUCUGCUUCGUCUGCAUCUCACUCAUGUUGAUGGUCUAUAUCUGCCAUAACCGCACGGUCAUUCACCACCGGGUGCCAAAUGAGGAGGAUCCUUCAUUAGAUCGCCCUUUCAUUUCAGAGGGCACCACGUUAAAAGAUUUAAUUUAUGAUAUGACAACAUCGGGUUCGGGAUCAGGUUUACCAUUGCUUGUUCAGAGAACAAUUGCAAGAACUAUUGUGUUACAAGAAAGCAUUGGCAAAGGUCGAUUUGGAGAAGUUUGGCGAGGGAAGUGGCGGGGAGAGGAAGUGGCUGUGAAGAUAUUCUCCUCCAGGGAGGAGCGCUCCUGGUUCCGGGAAGCAGAGAUUUACCAGACCGUAAUGUUACGCCAUGAGAACAUCCUGGGGUUCAUUGCAGCAGAUAAUAAAGAUAAUGGCACAUGGACUCAGCUCUGGUUGGUGUCAGAUUACCAUGAGCAUGGGUCCCUUUUUGAUUACUUGAACAGAUACACAGUGACCGUGGAGGGAAUGAUCAAACUUGCUCUGUCUACAGCCAGUGGUCUUGCCCAUCUUCACAUGGAGAUUGUUGGUACCCAAGGAAAACCAGCCAUUGCUCAUAGAGAUUUGAAAUCAAAGAACAUCUUGGUAAAGAAGAAUGGAACUUGCUGUAUUGCAGACUUGGGACUGGCAGUAAGACAUGAUUCAGCCACAGAUACAAUUGAUAUUGCUCCAAACCACAGAGUGGGAACAAAAAGGUACAUGGCUCCUGAAGUUCUAGAUGAUUCCAUAAAUAUGAAGCAUUUUGAAUCCUUCAAACGUGCUGACAUCUAUGCAAUGGGCUUAGUAUUUUGGGAAAUUGCUCGACGAUGUUCCAUUGGUGGAAUUCAUGAGGAUUACCAGCUGCCUUAUUAUGAUCUUGUACCUUCUGAUCCAUCAGUUGAAGAAAUGAGAAAAGUUGUUUGUGAACAGAAGUUAAGGCCAAAUAUUCCAAACAGAUGGCAGAGCUGCGAAGCCUUGCGAGUAAUGGCUAAAAUUAUGAGAGAAUGUUGGUAUGCCAAUGGAGCAGCUCGGCUCACAGCUUUGCGGAUUAAGAAAACAUUGUCACAGCUCAGUCAGCAGGAAGGCAUCAAAAUGUAAUUCUACAGCUUUGCCUGAACUCUGCUUCUUCUCCGGCUCUGCUCCUGGGUUUCAGUUGGGGAGAUCAUUUGUUCUACCUCACUGAGAGGGAACAGAAGGACAAUGAGGUCCAUGAAAAGUGUCCCAGGAUUUCUCUGGACCCAGGAAACAGCCACGGGGGUCCUUUCUGUGCACUCUGAGCGCUUCUUUGCCAGGACCGUUACAAAAUGUCGUGUAGUCUACCUUUAUUUUUUAUUAACAAAACUGGUUUUUUAAAAGAUGAUUGCUGGUCUUAAAUUUAGGUAACUCUGCUGCGCUGAAGAUCAUCUUUAAGGGUAAAGGAGCUGGAUUCCCGAGUUCCGGAAGACAUUUCUUACUAAAGAACCCGAUUUACUCCUGGUUAGUACAUUCUCAGCGGAUUCUGAACCACUAAAGAGUUUCCUUUAUUCAGACUCUGAAUGUACUGCUCUGUACUUUUUCAGGAUCUUAAAGCUAAUACUUUACAACUCUUAUCUUGAGUCUAAAAAUGACCUCAUAGAGUAGUGAGGAACAUAAUUUAUGCAACUGUAUUUUGUAUACUAUUAUUGUUCUUUCACACUUUCAGAACAUUACAUGCCUUCACACUGGGAUUGUACUAUACCAGUAAGUGCCACUUCUGUGUCUUUCUAAUGGAAAUGAGUAGAACUCCUUACAUGUGUUGGAACCUGGAGUAUUCAGAUUCAAAAAGUUUACUUAUCUAGGUGACCCAAACCUUUUCUGUUUGUUUCUGAAAUUAUUUUUGUGGUAAGUCAUUUGGUAUUCAUUUUGGAAAUGCCUUUCUCCUACAAAAAUGUGCUUAAACCACUAAAGGAAUGAAGUGGCAGUAAAUUAGCAAAUUGCUAUCAUGGUUGUGGUUGAAUAUUCUCAUAUUGUGCAUUUGCAUUUUAAGUGUGUUGUCUAAAUAUACUUUAAGAAAUUCAAGUGGCACUCUAGAUGCAUAUAGUACUUUAAUAACUUAAAGUGUGUAGCGUACAGACUAAUUUUUCUAAAAGGGAAAGUUUGUCUAGCUGCUUGUGAAAAGUUGUGUGGUAUUCUGUAAGCCAUUUUUCUUUAUCUGAUCAAAGACAGUGUUAUUUUUUUAAGAAAUGGAUUACAUUUAAAAUUAGGGUAUGGUCAAUGCUAAAUAAUAGGCCUUUUAUUAGGAAGGCAAAGGUAGUUAAUGUGACUAGGCAGCAGGGUGCGUGAGAGUCACGCUUGUUUUGUAGGAGUAAUGUUUGGGGGGUUUCUCUGUGACUGAGGUUCAAGGUAGUGUAGUUCUGAGGUCUCAGUAAACUUCGAGGAAGGCAGCUUUCAUUCGGUCUUUCCUUCUGUGUGUAGAUUCUGCAGCUUUGUAACUCACAUGGUUAUGUCAUGAAUUCAGUGCACCCUGAGACUGGGGAGAGGUGUUAGCUAAAGAACAUUCUGAAUUUAGAGUCUCCAUUUACAACUAGUUUUGGUCAGAUUAUAUGGUUAAAGCAGACUUGUCAUGGUCUUCUCACGUCAAGUUGAAACUAGUUUCUAAUAACUGGAUUUUACUCCCAGUGCUGUGAAGUUUUUGCAGGGCUUUUACAGUUUUCCUAGUCCUUUUUAUCACUGUGAUCUUAUUCUGAAGGAGAGAGAAGCUAUGACAGCUGUGAGGCCAGACUGACUCUCUAGUGCUGUCAGUCCCCACGGAAGGGGCAGAAUAACCCGACAGGUUUGGUCUGAAGAGAGGGUGGCCAUUUGUGCUGAAUAAGUUGUGUUCCAAUAAUGUCUUAUCUCUUACAAUGAAUUUAAAAGACUAUUGGAUCUUAAAGCCAAAGUAAUUUUAGAAUGAGUGACAUAUCACAUAGGAAUUUAGUGUCAAUUUAAUGUGUUUAAAAACAUGGGAAAAAUGUGCUUAGAGGUUAAUAUUUCGACUACAAAUUUGAGGUUUUUUUCCUGCAGCUACCAUUUUGUUGAGACAAAUGAGUAAGUUUGGGAGAUUUGUUUUUCUAAUUAUGUUCUAUUACUUGUUUAAUAAUCUCUAGUUUUGUAAUCAGGUACUUUUUUUUCUUUGGCCAUUUCUAAGCCUGCCAGAUCUGCUUUAUGAAAUCCAGGGGACCAAUGCAUUUUAUCAGUAAAACUAUUUUUAUAUAUCAUUUUAAGAACAUACCAAAAGUUAUCUGAUUAAAGUUUAUUGCGUGAUUUCUUACUUUCAUAGACAGUAAUCAGCUUUUGCUGAAGGUAUUCUUUAUUAAAUCAAAGAUUGAGUUACAGGAUACUAUUUUUGCUUAAGUGGAUAAAAUGUACUUUUGAUGAAUCAGGGAAUUUUUUUUAAGUUGGAAUUUAGUUCUAAAAUGAGUUUACAGAUUAUUGCAGCUAAUUCUUUUUUUUUUUUUUUUUUUUGGCUGGGAUGGUUGGAUAAACCCCAUUUGGCUAACACGGAAAAUGAAAAGAUGAGAUGGAUGAUUGCUGUGGCCGUAGCUGUAGCUACAUUUGACUAGAAUAAUGGUUUUGUCAUGUAGAAACACAAAUCUUUGUUUUCAUUGCCUAUCCUAAGAUGCUCUCCUUCUAAGAUCCAGCUUCACAAAUAACCUGUCCACAUUGACUCUGUCGGUGUCCCAGAACGAUCAGGUCAGUGGGGCAUUGGCUUCUCGAGUUCUUCCUUCAAAGCGUGAGCUCUGUUUCUCCCAGUCUGCUUGCCUUCCUGCUGGUCUCUGUCAGAGGCCAGUGCCACCCUCCCCUGCCUUUUGACUGGAGAGCUCGCUGCUUCAGAGACCUGGAUUACAAUGGUUGAUUGAAAUUGUCAGACGUACUUCAGUGUUCCUGAGCUGCUGGAUGUGGCAAGGGAAGGGCCUCCAAGUUUUGAGAUUGAGUAGAUGAGGGUUGGGGUGCUCCUGCUGUUGUUCGGCUUUGACUUUAGCCAUGGACGAGGAGUGGCAUGGUAUAUGGUGGUGGCUGUGGCAGUGGGAGUUGUGCCAAAAGCGCUGGCCCUUUGUGUUCCUUGUAGGACAAGGUGAAGGCCUGGAUUCUGCUGUAACGACAGUGCUCAAGAAGUGCCUUGAGUCAGAGUGCAGUGCCAUGGCCAUCAAGAACUUGAGUUCAGUUCUUAUUGAAGUCCAUGCACAAAUUCUUUUUUUCCCCUCUGUCUGCCAACUGUCAGACGUAGACAGUUUUGUAAAACAAGACACUAAAGUGCUACUUAAAAAAUAACAGCAGAACCAGCAUCCCACCAGACAUGUCCUGUCGAAGGCUUAUGUUUGUCCUUGCACUGAAGGGAUGACUGUAAGUCCACUUUUUUCGUUUCUUGAUCAUGUCAAUGUUCUAGCUCCGAGAGGUGGAGAUUCCAGAUAAUGUGUUUGUUACAGCUCAGCAGAAAAUGCCAAUUUGCGUAUCUUGAGAUCCUGAAGAAUAGCUCUGGAUGUGUCCUGCAUCUCCUUGUGUCUGCUUUGGAAUGCGGGAGUCCCACGGGCCCUCUCUAGGAAUGCUGGACGUCUAGGCCAUCAUGAGGAUUGUCAAUACAGGAAACUUCUCAACCCCGUUAUGCAAUCUUACUUGCAAAUGCAAACUUUUUAAAAUAUGGCUAAUAACAUUCAGCCUGUUUCUUAAAACUUCAAAAGAACUUCAGUGAGUUUGUUUUUAUUUUUAGACAAUAUUUGUGAAUUGAAUAUCAUGAACCAUGUUUUGAUAUCCCUUGUUCACAUUGUGCCAAUGGAAUGGGGUAUUUGAUAUUUCUUUAUACGUCAAGGAGAUGCUUCAAAAUGUCAAUUGCUUUAAACUUAAAUUACCUCUUAAGAGACCAAGGUACAUUUACCUCAUUGUGUAUAUAAUGUUUAAUAUUUGUCAGAGCAUUCUCCAGGUUUGCAGUUUUAUUUCUAUAAAGUUAUGGGUAUUAUGUUGUUAAAUUACUCAAAUGGUACUGUAUAGUUUAUAAUUGUACCCCCAAAUGACAUAAUCUGUUCUUUGUUUUCUGUAUUUUAUUGUAUUUGUGCAAAAUUCUUUUUGGCUGUAUCAGUGUAAUCUCUACCCUUUCAGAUAUGUACAGAAAAUGUCCAUAUAAGUUUUCACUUAAUUGAAUGAUUUUGAGAAGCUGUAAAGAGGAGAGAAAACAUAAACUACAUUUCCCCAUAAGUUUUUAAAAAUUGUAUAUUGUAUUUGUAGCAAAUUUCCAAACGAACUGUAAAUAGGAAAUAGAAGAGUGAUGCGUAUGUUGAGUCCUAACACUACAGUAGAAAAAUGCAAGCAAUGCAAAUAAAUUACUUUUUU